GCUCGAGGGAGUUCGAUUGAACUUCGAUCGAGCGACCAUGCGUGGUGCUGCAUACUAACACUUUGUGUGCUUCUCUAUAUUGCUCCGAUGCACUUGGAUGAUGGGGACAGGUGCGACGGCCACGAUCAAUCUUGGAAACCUCAUCAGCCUCAUCGCUUCCGUUGCCUGCGUGCUAGCCGCAAAUGGCGAUUUCACGCGCAACAUUGAAGCAGAACUCGACUCGCGUCUGAUGCAGGUCGCUCAUGUGAGGCCAAAGCAUCGGAUACAGUGGACGUACAUCACACUCCCCAUUGGGGCAGACUGUUCUGGUGGCGCAGAAAUAUCCUCGUUGGCAGAAUGCGAGCACGCGGUGAGCUCGCUCGACAUGGUUUUUUACAUAUCGAAUUCGGUAAAUCUGAACACGUCGCCAUAUGGAUGCUACUACGUCUCUGGGGCCACCCCACAAAUCAGUUUCAACACUUGCUCAGACUGCGGACCUUCGUCAACUAAUGCGCAAGCAGUCUGCAGAGGGGUAGCGACUCCGGCGCCCACGGCUGCCUCGUGGGUGGCGAACGCGUGGGAGUACAUGCAGCUUGACUUUGGGUUAGGUUGUCCUUCUUCUCCAGAAGUAACGUCGUUGGAAGAGUGUGAAUAUGCAGUAACAUCGCUUGGGAUCUUCUACAUCGCGUCGACCGCGGUUGAUUUGAACACAAUGCCACACGGAUGUUAUUUCACACCGGGGGCCUCGCCACUAAUCCGUUUCAAUACUUGCUCCAGUUGCGGGUUACCGACAACCGCCUCGCAAGCGAUCUGCAGACGUAGUUCUACCCUGCAGCCCACGCUGGCGCCGACUUCACCACCCACGCCAGCACCGACUGCGGCGCCCACGCCAGCACCGACUGCGGUGUCCACGCCAGCGCCGACUGCGCCGUGGGUGCCGAACGCGUUGGGGUACAUUGAAAAUCCUAUUGGGUCAGAUUGUGCUGAUGGCUCAGAAGUAACAUCGUUGGCGGAGUGUGAGCAUGCCGCUACUUCGCUUCCAAUUUUCUUCAUCGUGUCGAGUUCGGUUGAUCUGGAUACAAUGCCACAUGGAUGUUACUACACACUUGGAGCCACCCCGUCAGUCUUUUUCAACACAUGCUCCGACUGCGGACCUCCGUCGGCGACUGCACAAGCGAUCUGCAGAAUUGUGGCGACACCAGUGCCCACGACGGCGACGUGGGUUGCGAACGGGUGGGAGUACAUGCAGCUCGACAUUGGGUUAGAAUGUCCAUCAGGUCCAGGAAUAACGUCCUUGGAAGAGUGCGAGUAUGCGGUAACAUCGCUCGAGAUCUUCUACACCACCUCGAGCUCGGUCGACUCGCACAGUGUACCUAUCGGAUGUUACUACACACCUGGAGCCACCCCCGUCGUCUUCUUCAACAUGCGCUCCGACUGGGAGCUUGCCACGCUGAUGCCGAUUGGCUCACUGAUCCGACUGGGGGAGGUUGGCAGCAAUCUUUUUUCUCCAGCCGCCUCGCGCGCCAUCUGCAGAUCGGCGCCUACCCCGCAGCCCACGCCGUCGCCGACCGCGGCACCCACGGCGGCGCCGACCCCGCCGCCCACGCCGCCGCCCACGCCAGCGCCGUGGGUGUCGAACGCGUGGGAGUACAUGCAGCUCGAUGCUGGGCUGGAGUGUCCUGGCCCAGGAUCGAGGGUAACCUCGCUUGAAGAGUGCGAGUACGCCGCGACCUCGCUCUCGAUCUAUUACUCUAGCUCGAGCGUGGUGGACCUGAACACGGUGCCGCACGGAUGCUACCACACGCCCGGGGGCACGCCGGUGAUCUUCUUCAACUCCUGCUCCAGCUGCGGGCCUUCGCCCACUGUUUCACAAGCGAUCUGCAGACGGGUGCCGACUCCUUCUCCUCCUCCUCUUCCUCCUCCUCCUCCUCCUUCUCCUCCUCAACCCACGCCGGUGCCGACUCCGCAGCCCACGUCAGUGCCGACUCCGCAGCCCACGCCGCCGCCCACUCCGGCACCCACGCCGGCGCCGAGUGCGGCGGCCACAGCCGCGCCAGGGGUCGUGCUGGUGAGUCAGGCAGCGGCUGGUGCACAGGAAUUGUUCGUGAAUUCCGAGGUUGAGUUUAGAGUAGGGGACGCCGUCGUGAUCACGGGCGGCGGCAAUUCAGAAACACAUACAAUCGCAAGUUUCGGAUCGAUAGUCAUGGACGCACCAUUGAAGCACUCGUAUCCGGCGGGUUCCAGUGUCAUGAAGGUGAUGCCUCAGAUUGCGCAGUCCAUCACGGCGCAGACGGUGAAGGCCACUGGCGAUCCGCAUUUGCAAAACAUUCACGGGCAGCAUUUUGAUUUAAUGAAGCCUGGGAAGCACGUUCUGAUCCACAUCCCUAGACGGGCGCCGAUUGGAAACAUAUUGCUUCAGCUCAAGGGCGACGUUCAGCAGAUGGGUGGACCAUGUGAGAUGUACUUCCAGGAGCUGAAUAUAACAGGCAAGUGGGCGGAUGAGAAGCGAAGUGGAGGAUUCAAGUUCCACGCUGGCGCACGCCGUCGUAAGAGAGAUUCCAAAUGGCUACGUCUUGGAAAGGUUGCCAUAAAGGUCGUGCACGGACGCACAAACAAAGGGGCCCGGUAUUUGAAUUUCUACGUCAAGCAUCUUUCUAAGGUUGGUUUUGUGGUCGGUGGGCUCCUGGGGGAGGACGACCAUACGAACGAAGCAUCGCGUUCGAGCUCAUGUCGCCAUCGCGUUGCUCUCUGACACGGUCACGAGUUAUGCGUAGUGCGCGCGUUUUACAGCUCUGUUUUCCCUGGUCGUUUCGCCGCGUACGUAGCCCGAUUCGCAACGUACUGGUACUGUCGUUGUCUUGUUCUGACAGAGAAACACAGCCAUGCGCAACCCCAGGGUGGGAGUUGGUCGGGAG